AUGAAUUCAUAUUCAAGCAAUGAAAGCGAUACAUUAGAUUCUGUGUCUUUCAAUCCACUAUUUGAAAAUGGGAAAAGAGAUGAAGAGGAGGAAAUUAUCCCCUCCACUGCGGCCAUUGAUAACCGUCCUUCUACGGAGCGCGAGAUACCGCCCCAUCCUGAGAUUCCAAGUAUUUCUGCAUUGCCUCCAAGAUUGCGGUUUAAAUAUGAGCCUCAAAUUUCCUUUCCAAACACAGAUCCAUUUGAUGCUUCUGGCCAUCGAUCAUCUAAAUCGAUCGACUUUUCGUCUUCCUCAGCAUCAUCAGACAACGAGAAUAUUCUUGUAAGGGAUAGUAGUGACAUUGAUAUCUCUAGCAACGUGACAAGCGAGGCACCUCGUCGUUCACUCCGGUAUCUUGGUGUCAACCAGCCAAAAUAUAGGAAGGAGGCAAUUAUCGAUGACGCGGAGCGGAAUUUUAAUUCUACCAUGGGAAAUAGAAAGAAGAACACACUCUACUCUGAUGAUGAACUGCAGGAUGAUGAUUCUGAUUCUGAUGCUGAUGAUGUUUCUACAAGAAGGAAAAGAGCCUAUCUCUCUGGAUCAACUGAUGUCUCAUUUAGAAGAUUUUCUUCCAGAGCAAGACCUCAAGUUAGCUAUAAAGAAAAUGAUAUUGCCGAUUUUGAAAACGAUAAUGACGACCUUAUCGUUGAUAAUAGCGGCUCUUUCUCAUCCUCGUCUGUUGAAAAUGAGAAAGCAUUUUCAUCCUCUUCAAGAAGAAAUAGACGCUCCUCUAUUGUCGAUGAUAGUUCUGAUAUUGAAAACGAUCCCAGUUCAAGCGAUGGCGAUUUUGAAGAUAAUGAUGCAAAGGACUAUUUUUCAAAGAAAAAGUCCAAAUCUAAAGCUGCAUCCAAACCUCAAUUCCAACAGCCAUUUAGAUGCUUGGAUGGCCUCGUUUCUACUAUUUAUGAGCCAGCCAUUCAUAUCGAUCGUAUUAUGGAUCAUAUAUGGCUUUCAGAAUCCCAAUUGUCUUCUUCUAACCUCUCAAGUGGAGAAAAUGCAAAUGGUGAUGAAGAGGAGUUGUUUUGGAUUGAUCGUCUUGCAACUGGAGAGGCUGGGAUUAGCCAAAGAACCAUACCAUCCUCUCUUUCUCCAAUUUCGAUGAGGAAAAUCAUUGCUUCAAAACGACUAUUAUUGCUUAUAAAAUGGAAAGAUCGCUCACAUUGGUGGAAUUCCUGGGUCCCUUAUCACCAGAUGUCUUCCAGAUGCCAGUUGUACAAAAAGGCAGACAUAUACAUUCAAAAGCACAUUAUUGAUGGGAUACCCGAAAGGGAAGAGCUUUCUGAACUUGACCCGGUUGGUCUGAAUGGAGAAGAAACCCUGGACCCACAUGAAUAUACAAUUAUAGGGCGAGAACUCUUGAUUGUCCAAUGGAGAUCUUGGAUGGUUCCUGAAAAGAUUCUCUCCAGACAUCCAGAAGAAGUUCUGAUCAAAUGGUGCAACCUGCCAUAUUCAGAAUCUACCUGGGAAUCCACCCUAGAUGAUUGGACCUUCCCAGCUCUGGCGGAGGCCAUCAAAAAUAUGGCCGAAUCAUCGAUUGUGAGAUUCCCAUCGACUUCUUUACCAUCCCCGCUAAUCACCAAUCCAAAAAAUCGGCCCGUUUUUGUGCGAAUGGAGGAGCAACCGGCAUGGAUUGGCUCCGGAAAUGACAAAGAUGGAUCUCUAGUUUUGAGAGAUUAUCAAUUGGCUGGCUUGAAUUGGCUCUCAUAUGCCUGGCAUCGGAAUAUAAAUACGCUUUUGGCCGAUGAAAUGGGGCUGGGAAAGACCAUCCAAUCUGUAGCCCUUAUUGUGUAUCUUUUCGAGGUAAUGGAGAUAGAUGGGCCUUUCAUCGUAAUUGUGCCUCUUUCUACCAUUCAAGCGUGGAAGAAGACCUUCGAACAAUGGGCACCUGCCUCUCUUCGCACUCUUUUAUAUUUGGGGGAUGGAUUGUCCAGAAAAGUCAUACUGGAUUAUGAUUUCUAUGAUGGCUCAACUGCGAUAAACAGCCCGGGAAACAAUACAAUGUUCUCACGCAAGAAAGGAAACCUUUCAUUUAACGUCCUCUUAACCACAUAUGAGCUUGUUAUGAAAGACAAGCAAAUUUUGGGAUCUUCAUCGAUAAAAUGGUCGUUGCUGGUUGUAGAUGAGGCCCAUCGUUUGAAGAACGUAAAUAGCUUGCUUUAUCGGACCCUGCGGGAGGAAUUUUCUUUUGCAAAUAGGCUUUUGAUAACGGGCACCCCCUUGCAAAAUUCGAUUCAAGAGCUUUAUGCUUUGCUUUCCUUUUUGGAACCAGAUAAAUUCAAAAUGGAAGAUCAAAUGCUUCUUUCUGAAAUGAUGAGUUCUGAAGACUCCUCAAAGGUGCUCGAGCAACUACACACCUCGCUCAAGCCACAUUUCUUAAGGAGGCUAAAAAAAGAUGUUGAAAAAUCACUACCAAUGAAGCAGGAGCGGAUAUUACGAGUUGAAUUGUCUCCGCUUCAAAAGCGGCUUUAUAAAUGGAUUCUGACACGAAAUUAUUCGGAAUUGAACAGGAGCUAUGGAAAUGCCGGAACUAAGGGGUCCGCCUCGCUCCUUAAUAUUGUGAACGAGCUUAGAAAAGCUUCCUCUCAUCCAUAUCUUUUUUCUAACUCGCCGAUUACUCAAAUUGCUCGGGACAUGGAUUCGGAGGGCAUAAUUUUUCAUUCCGGCAAAAUGGUGCUUCUUGAUGCUCUACUAAAGCGCCUUCUUGCAGAGGAGCAUCGUAUUUUGAUUUUUUCGCAAUCCGUCUUGAUGUUGAACAUUUUGAGCGAGUUUCUCACGCUACGUUGCAUUCGACAUUGCAGGCUUGAUGGAGGAACUUCUUCUGCGGAUCGGAACAAGCAAAUUGAAAGGUUCAACUCUUCCGGAGCAGCGCUUCCGGUUUUUUUAUUAUCUACAAGGGCCGGUGGAUUAGGUAUCAACUUGACCACAGCUGAUACGGUCAUCCUUUUUGAUUCUGAUUGGAAUCCCCAAAACGAUCUCCAAGCAAUGGCUAGAUGCCAUCGAAUUGGGCAGACAAAGGCCGUGUCCGUAUACCGCCUUGUCUCAAAGGGAACCGUUGAGGAGCAAAUUCUAGAGAGAGCAAAAAAGAAAAUGGUCCUUGAUCACCUUGUGAUCCAAAAAAUGGACCGCUCAAAGACAUCGUCUUCGCUAACAUCUCCCUCGUCCAAUUCUUCAGCAGAGUUUCAAAAGAUUCUGCAGUUUGGAGCCAAGGCUCUUUUUCAGGAGCAUGCAGACACUGGCCUCCUUAAUGAUUCUUCAUCUCUAUUUGCCCAAAUUAUGAUUACGAAUUCCUUCGAUACAUCUGCUCAGCACUUUGAGGAUGACUCUUCAACGACCACAGCCACUGCGGAGGGCGCCAGUCACUCCGGAACCUUACAGCUACUCUUUUCUCGGCCCGCUUCAACGGCAAUGCUCGAUUUAGAUACCAUUCUGAUCAAAGCAGAAGACAAUCUUACCAAAGAGGAAGUGGGGCUCUCGCAAUCCAGUGCCGAAGAUGAGUCAUUUCUGGAUUCCUUCCGUGUUGCAGACUUGUCUGGCGCACUUGCAUGGUCUGAGAUCAUUCCAAAAUCCGAGCUCGCCCUUGGCAAUCGUGUUGCUCAAGAAGAGUCUGACAGGAUCAAGGCAAUGGAGCUUCAGCAGGAAAACCGCAAGCGAGGAGCUCGAGCCACUGCCCCGAUGAAAAGGGAAGAAAGGGAAAAACCUUCCCUUGAAUCGACGUCAUAUUCGUCGACUUCCUCCGGAAUUUUAACCCUGUGGAAUGCAUCGAUCAGUGGGCGCAUUGGAAGUGAAGUUGAGGCCAACAAUGCAGCGGUAAAGUCCAAUCUUUAUCCACAAAUGAGAUGGGUUCUUUAUCAGCUCUCUGCUUUUGGACAUCGUGGGCUUUUGCUUAAUCACGAAGAAAACAAGGAACAAAGUAUGCUGGCAUGCAAAUAUCUGAAUUUUGGUACAACUUCCGAGUUGAAUUCUUUUUUGUGCGAAAAGCUUGAAGAAAUAUUGAACCAACUGGCGGUUGAAAAGAAUUCUGAGGAGGACGCCUCUGUUUCGCAUUCCGGGAUUUCCUCUUCAAAGGUUUUUGGGCUGAACAUAUCUCCCGUUUCAUUUUUGAAGCGAUUGGAAAGUCUGGAUCUGUUAUUUGCGAUUGCUUCCUCGCAAGCAGACUCGUAUCCAAAUGUCCAUGCUUUUCUUUGUCAAAAGAAAAUUACCCUCAAAACCCCGGUAAACUGGAGCAUUCCAUGGCAGCUGAAGGAUGAUGCUGCAUUGCUUUGUGGCGUCGUAUCGAAGGGAUACGGGAAUUGGAUCGAUGUUAUCGCUUCGUCGCAGCCCCUUUCGAAGAAGGUAAAAUUGCUUGGCAAAGGAUCCUCAUUUAAAGGACCUGCACCUACAGAGGAACAUUUAAAGCGAAGAGCAGACUACUUGCUCACCGUGUUACUGGCCAACAGGCCUGAAAAAACCUCCAAAAAAGAGGCAAAAAAAGAGCAUCACACAUGUGCUCCUAAAAGAUCACCUGGGGUUCAUCAGCAAAAGCUCGAGUUCAGACCAAAGAGGACCGCACCUUCGCAAUCCUCAGCCGGCCCAUCCAACUCGGAUGCAAAUCUUCCAGCCGAAUAUCGAAAGAUAUUCAAAAGGCUCUUUUUGCCCGUUAAAACUUAUCUUUUGAUGCUUGAUGAUAACGAUGAAAAUGACAAGUAUGAGAUUGAUGACGCUUCUAGUGACACGACUGAUGUCAAAAAACCGGUUCCAAGUGAUGAAACCGAGCUUGAAGAUAAUGACGAGCUUGUCCUUGCUAAAGAAAGGUCUAUUUUAUUUAACGUUGGCAUGCAUAUUGAUUCCCUACUGCUAAACUCUGAGGAGGCCAAAGAAAAGUUGGGAAAUCUCUCGUCGGUCCCCAGAAAUGAGCUUCACGAUUUAUUAUGGUCAUUUGUAUAUACGUGCUGGUCGUCUUCGGCAAAAAGAAUGGCUCGCAGCGAGAUUUCCUCCUUUUCUGAUCUUUCUCAGCUGUACACAACUCUGGCGUCCACAUGA